AUGCCGCCGGCUGCUGCUGUCGUUGGACGGAGCCUCAUGGAUGCGUUCCAGCACCUUGCCGCCCAGGACCUGCACACCCACCGUGUGGAGGCGGCGUAUCGCGUUGUGCUGGAGUGCGUGGCAGCCGUUGACCCCGCCAUGCGGCUGUACAUGUUCGGCUCCACCGCGGUGUACGGCGUGCAUGAACAGGGCAGCGAUGUGGACUUCGUUGCGCUUCGCAAGAGUGAUGUGGAGGACGGGAAGGGUGAGGACGCCGCGACACAAGUGGCGAAGGGGCUGCAGGCGGAGUUCCUUGGUAAACUGGCGAAGGUGGUGCGGCAGAAGCACGUCUCGUGGAAUGUCGAGGAGGUGAAGCGCACGCGCGUUCCGGUAAUUCGCGUGAAGGGCGGCAGCAGCAUUGACUUUGACAUCACCGCCAACCGGCGCAAUGGCGUGCGCAACAGUGCGCUGCUGCGUGCCUACUUUGAGCAGGACCCGUCAUGCCGCUGGCUGAGCAUGGGGGUAAAGCGAUGGAGCAAGCGCGCGGGGCUGAACGCAUCUGUUAUGGGCGGCAGCAUCACGUCCUACGGCUUCAACCUGAUGGUGGUGUACUACCUGCUGCAGCGCGGCACGCUGCGCUUCAUCCCACCGACCGCGAUUGACGUGGCACAGGUAUCGCCGGUGCCGCCGUACCUGCCGUUGGAGCCGCCGCGGAAUGACGGCUUGGAGCUGGGCGAGCAGGUCGUGGAUUUUCUGCAGUUCUACAUGCACGAGUUCGACGCGGUGAGCCACGUGAUCUCGCUGAGCCGGCCCGGUGUCACGACGAAGGAGCAGCUGAAUUGGACGAAGAACGCGGAGGAUCUUGCCCGCAUGAACGGUGAAAAAAUUCACUACCAGUGGUGCAUUGAGGACCCGUAUGAACUCAAUUUGAACGUUGGCCGAAACGUGACGCCGCUGAAGCGUGACUUUCUUCGCAAGCACUUGGAGCGGGCGCGUGAAACAGCCUUGCUCACUAUGGCGUAG